UACGCAAUUCUACGCAAUAAUAGAAGGGGCCAUAUAGGAGCAUACAUUACCGAGCAAGUGAUUAACAAGGAUGACCAACUAGAGAUGGCAGGAAUUAGAUAUAAAGAUGAUUUGUACGGGGUACAAGCUACAAUAAAUGUGUACCAGCCAAAGGUGAAGAAAGAUAGCAAGGAUAUUAGUCAAUCAGGGAUACUAAUAGACAAUGGACCAAAGGGUCAUGAAGAAGGUGUAGGAGUUUGUUAUUCGGUAGCUCCAAGCAUCAAUGGAGAUAGCUUUGUGAUAUUUCAUGUUGUUUGGCGUGAUGGCAAACUACACAAGCCCUGCUACGAUCACGUAUGUCCUGAUUUUGUACAAGUUAGUCAACGUGUUGGUCUUGGAGGAAGAUUAGUUCCUGUUUCAGUCUACAAUGGACCACAAUAUGUGAUAGACAUUUUCACUUUCAAGGACCCAAAAACGGUGAAUUGGUGGGUGAUGUAUGGUGAAGAAAAGACACCGAUUGGAUAUUGGCCAAGUUCACUCUUCUCUCACAUUAAAGAUAAAGGAGUUGCUUCAUACUGGGGAGGUUUUGUUCAGGGUCCAACAACUUCAUCUGACUCUCCACAAAUUGGUAGUGGGCAUUUUGCCUCUGAAGGGUAUGGAAAGGCAGCUUUUGUGAGAAAUAUCCAGAUUGUUGACAACAACAACAAGCUUGUUACUCCAAAUAGUCACAAAUAUCUUCUUGGAACUAGUGAUAAAACUAAAUAUAGUAUUGAUGGUUUUAAAGUCGAUAACCAUGGAAUGCAUAUGUACUAUGGUGGACCAGGUAAUUUAGUCUAAGAAUGUACUCUACAAACAACAAUAAAUUGUCAAUAUACUUCUCAAGUUGAACCUUUACAUAAUUACUCGGAGUUGGAAUAUAUUCAAGUGUUUAUUAUGAUGAGUAGGCGAUGAGCAGAAGACAAAAUAACAUGGAUACUUUU